CACUCCUUUAAAGGGUGGAUCUUCCUUAGAAAUGUGAAGAGUGAAUUUAGAUAAAGUUGUGAAUUAUGAAGUGCUUUGCACAUUAUACAGAGAGGAACAGUUGAGUUAAGCUGCUGCUGCUACUAUUGCCUAAAGAACAAACAUGAAUCCAGCCAGCAAGACUGAGUGUCUUAAGAACACUUCAAAUCCAUCACAGCAAGAAGCAAGCAAGCAGCAAGCAGGACAAAAUCAGGUUGAAGAAGCUCUACGACAAAUGUUUGAAGGCAUGGAUGAAGAUAACUCAGGGACCUUGAGCAAAGAAGAAGUUAUUAAAGCUUACUUGAAAGCUAAUCCAAAUGCUGAUGUGAAUAAAAUAACUAAACUUGUUGAAGAUUGUGACAAAGACAAAAAUGGAGACAUAUGUUGGGAAGAAUUUCUUGCACACUUUACUGGAGCAUGUUAAGGAAAUUUAAGAGCUAUGGCUACACCUUUCAAGAUGAAUUGCAUUACUGCCUCCACGGGUACAAGAAAUGCAUUUAGGAAUAUAAUCACAUUUUAAGAAUGCCAUGAUACUAUGUUUGGAAAAAUGUUUUUGCAGCACAUUUGAAUUCUUCUGUAUUAUACACAUUUGUGUCAGUGCAUGCAUGAUCACAUAUAUCUAAUACUUGACAUGUGGUAAAGUAAAAAUGGGAACGGUCAAAACUUUUUAAUCUGUGUAUUGCCAUGGUUCUCAUUGCAGUUCUCUUAAGUUUAGUUCAACUAAACUUGUUGUGUGAAAGUCGCAGUUAAUUGAAAAAAAUCUCAGCUAUUAAAUAAAACAAGCAAUGACCCUUCAGAAUUACUUAUAACUUACCCUCGUGUAAUGGCUUGGUCUUAGUGUAUUUAGCUAGAGGGGUUUGAAAAGUCUACUGCAUGGUAGUAAAAUGGGAAAUUUAUCACCUAAUGGAAUACUAGUGUUAUUUUUACAGGAUGGGAUUACAAGAAAUUUUGCAUUUAUUGAAUUAAAGUGAAUGGCAUAGUCAUUUUCCAAAAAAUUUUGAUUAAUUAGUAUAAAUCCCCUUAAACUCUUAAAUACACAGUGUAUGUCUGUUAUAAAAGGAAUACAUAUUCAUAGCAAUAUCUUCUCAAUAUUUUCAAUUAGAUUAUCUUAAUAUUAUUUUGCAAUUCUUUUUCACAUUUUCCAUAUUUUCCUCUUUCAAAAAGUGUUAAAUAUUAAUAUGACACUUUGCUAGUAAUGCACCCUGUAUUUUUUUAGCAUGGAGAUCAUUUUUCCUAAUUUUAGUAUGCUUGUUUAUUUCAGAAAGUGUUUGCAUAAUCCUUCUUAGACAAAAAAAGUUUCCAGAUUAUUUCUGUUCUGCAAUGUCUAUGUAAAAUUGUUACUUCACCAUACAAUAAAACAUUGAAUACACUA